AUGGCCGCCGCGUGCCAGAAGGUCCGAAGAAGCAACCAAGUCAACGUGACCUUCAACGAACUCUUCCAAGAGAGGUUGGUGGAGGUUGAAGGUGGUGAAGAAGAUGGCGAUCUACUCUACGGUAGGCUUGAGGCCUACACAAGAUGGUUGCGGAGUCUCGUAGCCACACCAGGCUUGGUGGUAGCCCAUGUCCAACCUCUCCACACUCUUUUACCACGAGAUGACCCCAAAAGAAGAGCUUUAAGAGCAGCCAUCGGUCAUUUUAUCACUUGGAGAUCCAUCAGAGUCAACUGCAGCCAUGUUUGUCCCAUCACUAGCAACGGCGGCCAUCUUGUCGGCUCAUGUCAAUGCCGAUGUUCUACCAACGCCGUGGUCAACGCCGAUUGUUGCUCCAGGCAUCGUGGUUUGGCUAGGAUGGUGGUGAUGGUGGACACCGGGUGGGGUUGGAGUGGAGAUCAUUUCUCCAUGACCGAUCCAUACGUCCGGGUGAUUUUUGGUGACCAUCAAGCUCAAACCUCAACGUUGUGGAACACCAACCGACCACGUUGGAGGACACGGUUGGAUUUAGGGGUGGUGACCUUGAUACCCAACGUUGGGUUGAAGGUAGAAGUGUGGGAUGAAGAUAAUCAAUGGGAUGAUGAUUUGUUGGGGGUUUGUGAGGAGAUGGUGGAAGCUGGUGGUGACCAUGAAGUCAUCUGCUUCCCCGGAGGUGGACAUUUGAGGUUUAGCUAUAAGGUGACUUGUGGACCAUCUCUUGGUGGACCUCUUUGCCAUGACUACGUGCCACAAAGCCCACGAGGUGAUGGGGGGCUCUAUAGGUUCUCCAAUUGGCCACCAAGACCUGGAGAUGGACAUGUCAAGUGGCCCAACCAAGAGGAAGAUGAUGAUGAUGAUGAGGAUGAUGGUGGCAACCAGGAGAACCUCAACCUUGAAGGUUCCUGGGAGGAUCUUGGAGAUCAAUGGGGUGAGCCCACGGAUGCGUUUGGUGACCUCCCGGAGCCUUUGUUGGGCUUCAAGGAGGUUCCUCCAGAGAUGGAGCCAUCAUCUGGGGCUGGGGAGGUUCCUCCAGCCCCAUAA